UUGUUUUUAUAGGAGCAUGUCUCAGCCUGAGAGCAUUAAAUGAGAGGAGCCGAGGCUCGCUGACAAGUACAAGGCUUGCAGUGUCAGAACAGCAGUGAAAGAUCAGUUAACUUCACCAGCAACACGCCUGUCACAGAAGACUUUGCUGAGAGUUUCAGGACAAUAGACAGCGACUCUGCCCGGCUUGUGCUUCUGGGAAGUUCUGAAAGUGCCUGCUCUUCUUGGGGAAAAGGAAAUACUGUACUGCAAGGAAAAGGGAGCGUUAUUCUACGGUUGACGUUAUGGAACAUAGAAGCAUCUUUCACCUUAUGGUGUCUUUUACCUUAUUCAGUGUUUUCUACCUCCGAGCACAGGCGUUACCUCCUUUAGGGACUUAUUCUAACAGUAGGCUAGGAAGCAGAUUGCCAUUUGAGGGAGCAAAUGAACCAGAUCAAACACAGGGAUCAUUAAAACAAGACACAGAUAUUUUGCAGAACACAUUACCAGAGAAUGACAAGUUUUUUCUGGACAUGACCCGAGGUGUUGGCAGAACAACUCGGCAUGCCGAUGGUCUCUUCACUAGUGGAUACAGCAAGCUACUGGGUCAACUUUCUGCAAGAAGAUAUUUAGAAUCUUUAAUUGGCAAAAGAGUCAGUAAUAAUGUUGUGGAAGACCCAGUCCCUGUAAAACGUCACUCUGAUGCUGUAUUCACUGAUAACUACAGUCGUUAUCGGAAGCAGAUGGCAGUAAAGAAGUACUUAAACUCAGUUAUGCCUGGAAAGAGAAGUCAAGAGGAUAUCAAUCCUGCAAGCCUCCGAGAAGAUGCUGAUCUAAGUCAAGCACCAUUUUCUGAAAACUAUGAUGAUGCCACCAUUGAUGAGUUGCUGAACCACCUACCAUUGAACCUUUGAAGAAGAUUUUUCGGUUGUUUAAUGAAAAGAACAAGUUUACUAUAUUUUUCAGUUUGACAUAGUAUUUCAAAAAGAUUCUGUAUUCAAACCAAAACAAAUUUGUUGUGAGGUGAAAAUUGUGACAAAUAUGUUUCUUAUAUUUAACAGUUGAUGUUUACACUGUAAAUAUUACUUUAGAGAUCUCUACCUACAGCUGUACAUAGAUAUGCAAAACCUUAUGGAAAGCCUGUGAUUUCAUAUGCUUCAAAUACUUUAUUUCAAUAAACGCAUUUGAAAGAUGAACAUGGAUAAA